AUGGCCUGCGCCAUCACAAACCCAAGAAACGGAAAAAAAAAUAUUUUCCUCUUCUACCCAAAUCUAGUCGGCUACUCUCGCGUCGUCCUCGCUAUCGCUUCCCUCUACUACAUGCCGCUCCACCCCCGCACCUGUUCCCUCCUCUACAGUGCAUCCUGCCUGCUUGAUGCGCUAGACGGCAUAGCGGCGCGGCACUUCAACCAGGAGACAAAGUUCGGCAGAGUGCUUGAUGUGGUGACGGACCGCUGUACUACGUCAUGCUUGCUUGUUUUCCUUGCUAGCGGGCUGAUCAGCCUAGAUCUGGCGAGCCAUUAUAUGUACAUGUAUGCGACGCUAAGCAUGGGAGAAAGCGGGCAGAGCCACAAGAAUGUGCAUAAGAGCAGGAGUUGGAAAGUCCUCUUCACCUUCUGCGCCCUGAACGAGCUCUUCUUCAUCGCGCUCUACCUGCUCUCCUUCUCCUCGCCCUACCUCUCGCCCACCCUCCUCCAGACCCCGGAUAACCCCGCAAGCCUGCCCGUCGGGACGCCCGAGGCGCUAGAUUGCUCUAUGCUAUUCACGAGCCCGUGGUCGGCAGGCGCAAUGGAAUAUGCUCGCGCUAAUAAAAUGGACUCCACCGUCCCCUGGAUCUUGGCUGUCAUUUCCUUCCCCAUCAUGGCGGGCAAGCAGAUCAUUAAUGUGAUCCAGCUCGUGAAGGCGAGCCGGUGGCUAGCUGAGGGUGAUAUCGAGGAGAGGAGGGCGCGUGCGCUGAAGGGACAGUAG